GUGAGCGCCACGCGCAAAGCUGCGGAAAUUGACGGCAGCUUCCGUACUAAAGAUCCAUUAACCCGCGCCAAAACUUUCAAAAAAAUACAUGUCUCCCGAAAGAAGAGGAAAUGUGUGUCUAACAGCUUUAAAAUGGACUAAGAAAUAUUACUUGUUUAAAGAGACUUUUCAAUGUAAAGUGUGAAACCAUAGUACCCACAAUGCAUCAGCCACGCCCUCGUUUUUCAAACUAACUGGUUAAUAUUAGUUACAACAGUUACUGUACCAGAAACUAUAAUACAUCAUCCCUUCGCCAAUAAUACUAUUUCACCUACGUAUUUAUAGCAAUUAUCUGCACGAAUAUAUACUGUAUAACUGUGUGGUGAUUUCUGUGUGUGUUUCAUUUUGUAUCAUUUAUUAAGAAUUGUAUAAAGAGAAAGUUCCUUUUCACGUUUCGAAAGCACAUUAUUUGUAGGACUGCUUAUUCGUACGUGAACUGUUUUACGAAGAAAUUACUAAUCUGACGUGAACGAAACAUCUGCCAUGGAGAACGUACACAGUUGAUUUCAGCCCGGACGAAAACGCGGUAGGAAUACUUGACACCUCUCCCUGGAACUCUGCAUGAAAGGGAAGAAGCCCCGGGUAACAUCUCUGACACCACUAGAGACCACACGGGCAUGUGAGACAGGAUCAACACUAACUCCAUCCACCGGUUUCAAAUGGCAUCGUCGGUUGUCGAACCAAGGAACCGGAGAUGAUGUACCAUCAGGAGCUGCGUAGAACAAUGCGCCCGCCACGCCUGGGAUAGCGCAAACAUGAAGAGGAUCUCUCUUCUGACAAUGGCAAUGCAGAUCGUCACUUGCAUCACGACAGAUUCCACUACGUCAUCAGUGACCCAGGAGCCUCCCACCCCCAGCCUAGCGGCGCCGCUAGACUCCCUUAACGAGGUGGCCGCAGUUGCGCCGCCAGGCGUCUCCGUCCACCAGAAGACGGAAGCCCCGAUGCUUGGUUACAUAUUCGAUACUCAUUCAAAUCUCAAUAAACAUCACCAUCACGAUCAUAAGUGGGGACCACACUUCGAAGAAGUGGAGUUGGGAGCCAAUGCUACCAACAUUACCGUCCAGGUUGGCAGUACUGCCAACCUCAACUGUAGGAUAAGUCUCUUGCAGGAUAAAACGGUGUCGUGGGUGAGGCGGAAACACGGUGAGGAUGACCUGCAACUCCUGACCGUGGGGUUACACACGUACAGUGGGGACAGUCGUUACACCGUGGAGUUCCAGUACCCCAAUAACUGGCGGCUCCAGAUCAAAUUCACGAACAAGAGAGAUGAGGGCACGUACGAAUGUCAAAUUUCCACGCACCCACCUAAGGUCAUACAGAUACAUUUGCACAUCAACGCUCCAGAGGUGAUGAUCGUAGACGAAGAGGGACGCCCUCUGCACGACAAAUACUACGAGGCAGAGAGCACCAUCCAGCUCUCUUGCAUCGUGCGUCACGUCGCCAUGACGUCGUCAGUCGUGUCAUGGCUGCAUGGGGAUAGGAUGUUGAACUAUGAUACCACGAGAGGCGGCAUUAGUGUGAAGACGGACCUAAUGGAAGAGGGAGCUAAUAGUUCUCUAUCAGUGGCACGCGUGAACAAGACAGAUAGUGGAAACUACACAUGUUCUAUUUCGCCGACAGAAUUCGCCACAGUCACAGUGCACGUGCUCAAUGGAGAGAGCCUCGCAGAGUUACAUCAUGGUAGCCGGAGCCCGGUAGCGUCACACCCCGAGGGCGCCAUUUUGCUCCUGUGCCUCAUGGCCGUGGCCUUCAGAUGAGCUCCUGUUAACAACACGAUGACGUCAUAUCACCCGUAGUGCCUCUCGCAGAGCCCACACCACAAGACAUAACGGUGCCUACACGAAUUAGUUGAUGUGUUUUAAGUGGCAUCAACAUUUUUAAUAUUAUCCUUACGUCUCGUCGUCGCUGUGUUACAUGGGAAUGUGUGUUACAGGCAUCAGAGGUGUGACUAUUGUGGUUCUUAGUGAGUGGUUAUUUUAAAGAGCGAAGCCCAGUUCCAACUAUACUCUGUUCGCCAUGUCUAAGGAGUGUGUGUAAGCAAAGCAGCGGCAACAGGCGAGAGUACGACCGCUUCUUAUUGGCUUACAAGUCGGGGAAGUAUUUUUCGCGCGGUUCACACGAUGCCUCUCUAUUGCAACAGUAGUAUGUUAAGACACAAUGGACGUUUCGGAAUAGUUGGCGCGUUCUGAACUACGCUUUCAUUUAGUCUUGCUACCUGCCUUGUUUCUUUACACGCAUUCCAGGUAUAUUCCGAAUGGGGUGUAAACAAAUUAUUAUUAUCUUGGCGUUUUACAUGCCUCUUCAACCAAGAAAGUUGUCUUUAUCAGCAACUCUUCUGACUUUAUCUGGGAGGUGGCCGUUUCGCAUCUCGAGCGGGAAGCAAGCUAUCCUGACUGUGGUUUGGUUUUCCUCAGUCUUUCCGGGGAAAUGAUGGAAUCCAUUAAAAUAGGCCACGACCAUUUCCUUUCAUAUCCUUCCCAAUACAUAACUGAUUUUCAUAAUCAGCACUGUACAAACCAAUAAUCUGAGUUAGGAACAACUUAAUUAAAUAAACUAUAAAAUAUAAAGGGCUCUUCACAAAAAGAGAACACUGUCUUCUACAAUAUGAUGCCGUGUAGUUUGGUAAAUAUAUAUUGACCUUAUGGAUGAACGUGCUGUCUCCAUAUACAGCGUAGAAGUUAACGUUUACAUUUCUAUCUCGAAAAUAUAGUCAGCGUGUUUCUCAGUUACAUUGACACAUAUCUACCAGAUUACACGGCGUCAUAUAUCAGAAUACAAUCUGUAUAGUCACCAUUGUGGCAGCAUCAAAUCACAAAUAGAGAGGAUUCUGCACAAAGUCCUUGGUACCGAACCUUUCUUGAAAGACUUAUAGAUCCGAAGUUGAGGGAAAUUUGAAUGUGACAUAAACGCUGAUGGCUGAGUAUCGUCUUCAUAGAAGCCACUAUUGCAUCCCCUCCUGAUCCAGAUGAAAACAGUCCUCAAUUUCAAAUCAUACAUAUGUAAUAUCCAUUUUAAUAUUAUCCUCCUACCGAUACCUAUGGAGCCAGCAUAGCUCAGUCGGUAUAGCUACU